AUGCCACUCCUACCAGUUAAAUGGAAUCGGGGCAACCUCUCUUAUGGCAAAUCUGUUUCCUUAGAAUCGAAUUUCGACCGAAGGACUCAAUUGAGAUGGCUUCGUUUACAAGAUAACUAUCAAUCUAUCAAUAUUAGUUCACUAUUGAUCACAUCUCACAACUUUACUAGAAAAAAACUUAUCUACAAAUGUGAAGCAGUCUGUGGUGGUCUAGGAGAUCGUUUUCGUGGAAUUGUCACAUGUUUUAUACUAGCACUGGUUUCUGAUCGACAAUUUAUGAUUGAAAUAACUAAUGCAUUUGAUGUCAAAAAUUAUUUAUUACCGAAAAUGUACAAUUGGACAACUAAUAAUAAAUCAUUGAAUUCAAAUGUCUCUCGUAAAAUUAUCCAUUCUAUUAAUAGUGAUCCCAGUUUACAAAAUGAAAUUCGAAAUACAAAUUUUAUUGAGACAUGGUCGAAAUACGAUAUCAUCGAUAUAUAUACAAAUAUCGAUUAUGUUUCUGACAUAUUUCAAAAUUCUCUUGUUCAAAAGAAUAAGAUAAUGAAAAUGUUUUUGGAUAAUUUACCGAUGGAACAAUUGACUCUACAUAAUUUGUUUCCUUUAUUCUUCGAAAUUCUCUUUCAACCAAAUCUAGAGAUUGUUAAUGCAUUAGAACCAAUUCUUCAGAUUAUUGAAAAUGGCUAUACACUUACUUGCAUACACUUGCGUAUGGGAAAGAAUCCAUCCAAUCCGUUAGAUGCAGUGUUCCAAGGCCGAGCUUCAGCUGUAAAUGAUAUAUUAGAUUAUUUGAAUAGAACAAAAUUACGAAGCAAGCAAAAUACACGAAUAUUUGUUGCGAGUGAUUCUCAACAAGCUUUAUCAAAUGUGUUUGCUCAAUUUCAAAACCAAAUGAUAUUAGUACCUGGUCCGAUUCUUCAUAUUGAUCAACUAACGAAUACUGUAAAUGUUUCUCAUGGAUUUCUUAAACUACUUGUUGAAUUUUACUUGCUGGGAGAAUGUGAUACAAGUAUUUUGACACCUAGUGGCUUGUCUGGAUUAGCUAAUCGACGACGAAUAGAUCCAUACCAUAAUCUAUUUAAAUACGAUGACUUGAAUCGACGUAUUGAACGAUGCCACGACGUUUACGAAUAUGAAAACCCACCAAAAUCCUCAAGUGUUCUAUUGUAUUGUAGAGUAGUUUUUAAUUGUUCUUCUCGCCAAUUAUAA